AUAUAUUGACCUCUAUAUGCAAAACUUCUACCACAUUUCGAUUUUUAAACUUGUAGCUCAAAAGAAGAUCGAUCAACCAAUAUGGAGAACGACUCGACCUGCAAGAAAAACAAACCGCCAUCGUGCGGGUCACUCGUAACCAUCCUCAGCCUCGAUGGUGGUGGAGUCAGAGGAAUCAUCGCCGGAGUAAUCCUUGCCUAUCUCGAAAAACAACUUCAGGAAAUCGAUGGAGAAAACGUGAGGCUAGCUGAUUAUUUCGACGUGAUAGCCGGAACCAGCACCGGUGGUCUUGUGACGGCGAUGUUGACUGCACCGGACGGUACUGGUCGACCUCGUUACGCUGCCAAAGACAUUGUGCCGUUUUACCUUGAACACUGUCCCAAGAUAUUUCCCCAGCCCACAGGCGUGCUUGCUCUGUUACCGAAGCUUCCAAAGCUUCUGUCUGGUCCAAAGUACAGCGGAAACUAUCUGCGAACUCUAGUUGGUACGCUUCUUGGAGAGACAAAACUUCACCAGACACUCACAAACAUUGUUAUACCUACCUUCGACAUCAAGACAUUUCAACCCACUUUUUUCUCCUCUUACCAGGCCUUGGCUGACCCUAGCUUGAACGUCAAGGUAUCAGACAUAUGCCUCGGCACAUCAGCUGCUCCCACUGUCCUUCCUGCUCAUUACUUUUCCAUCGAAGACAGUCAAGGAAAGACUAGGGAGUUUAACCUCAUUGAUGGCGGGGUUACUGCUAAUAACCCGACUUUGGUGGCCAUCACUGCCGUGUCGAAGCAGAUUGUGAAGAAUAAUCCUGAUAUGGGUACGCUCAAGCCGUUAGGUUUCGACAAGUUUCUCGUUAUAUCGAUAGGAACAGGAUCUGCAAAAAAAGAAGAGAAGUACAGCGCAAAGAAGGCUGCAAAAUGGGGAAUCAUAUCUUGGUUAUAUGAAGAUGGAUCUACUCCGAUAUUAGACAUUACCAUGGAAUCAAGCCGCGACCUCGUCCAUUAUCACAGCUCUGUUUUGUUUAAAGCCCUAGAAUCUGAAGACAAGUACCUCAGAAUCGAUGAUGAUACAUUGGAAGGAGAUGUAAGCUCUCUGGAUCUAUCGACAAAGUCUAACUUAGAGAAACUUAAAAAGAUUGGAGAGAAGAUGCUGACAAAAAGAGUCGUGCAAAUGAACAUCGACACUGGUGUAUAUGAACCUGUUACUGAAAAUGUUAACAAUGAUGAACAACUAAAGAGGUUUGCGCAAAUCCUCUCGGACGAAAGGAAAUUAAGGAGACGGAAGAGCGACACAAUGAUGAAAGAUUCACCAAACGGAUCACCAGAGAUCAAAUAAAAGGAAAUACAGCCUGAAAAAUCACUCGUGCUUUUGUGUGAAAUUAUUUACUGUGCAAGAUGAUAUUGUUAUUUUGUUUAAAGCUGAUGAUAUUGUGUGUGUUGCUCGAAUUCUCUUAACGCC